AUGGAGGGCACCCCAGCCACUAACCAGGUGUCCUCAAAAUCCUCCAUGAGUCUGUUCUUUUCGUAGCAAACAGAGCUGGAACCGUGCUUCAAGAUCGUGCCACUCACAAGGCAGCCCCAAUUGAGCCCAUCAGCCUCGGAGUGUUUGGCAGAGGACACAAAUCUCAGAACCAUGUUAACUUAACUACCAUCAAAGAAAGACCUCACAGCAAUGUUCUCCAAGCUGGAAGAGAGCUUUAGUUACAAACAAUCUGUGAGGAAAACCAGCAAAUAAUGGUCACAGUACCAAAAUACGCAGUGGAUGUAUUCCAAAGCCAUAAUGUUCCUGCACAGAAAGUUGGAGGGUGUAGAUAACCAAGGAAGAAACAAUAACCUCCAUGUAAGGUGAAUACCAGAAGGCCCAGAAGGCAAACAGUAGGACCCUAUUGUUCAAUCAGAUCCUUGCUAGGCCACUGGACACUGCUCUACAAUUUGAUCUGGCCCAUAGAGCAAUAAGGCCCAGAUCCCUGCCCCAAGAUAAGCCGGAAGACCUUAUUUGCCGCAUACAUAACUUCCCACAGUAUGCCAACUGCAAGACAUCAAAUUUGAAGGCCACUGUGUUGCCAUUUACCAAGACUUGGGCUUUCCGGCGCAUUACUAAAGCACUAAUGGAGAAAAACAUCAAAUUCCGUUGGAACUUUCCAUUCGCCCUUGUGGUUCAGCAACAGGGCAAAGCGUACUCCAUUGUCACACCUGUAGAUGUACCAGCCUUUGAAGAAGCACUAGGCCUCUCUGACAACGUGGAAGACUGGACUGGCCUCUCUAUGGCAUCACCGAGACAACUGUUCCAGAGACCCAGGUGGCAGAGAACGCCAAAGAAUCGGAGAAGGCAGACACCCUCGGGACUUUACAGUAGUUCCACACCUAAAGACAAAGUUACCUGA